CAGAAAGGUCGCCUUCAGGGGCGACAGUAGCAGUACUGGGAAAUUCCGAGCAGAUGCCCUUGACCCAGCUGUCUGCAACGAAGAAGGUCAUAUGUGUGAAGGCCGAGCAUCGGGCGCUUCGGAUACAUUCGACUACAUGAUACACCUCUGCGAUUUGUCGCUCUCGGAUUAUCUCAUGGGCGAGAAUUCGGCCGAGCACCACAUCGGGUAUGUGCCGGGAAUAAAGUCUUCACCUUCAGAAUGCGGAAGGAUUUGCGCUCUCAUGGAGCCAGUCUGCGAGGGUUUCAUCGUGGGGCACAAGGACAAGACUGCAGAAAAAGAAGAUCGAGUGGGCUACUGCUUCCUACUGCGUGAUCUGGGGGCUGAUCGGCGAGGACCGCGGCCGGCGGUCGGCGAGGGCCAGGCGUUUGCGCACAGAGAGGAUACGUCAAAGAACGCAGCAUUCUUCCGGCUCACAGCUACGACACGAGACGGAGAAAGAUGCGGAGACAAGUUUCGGGUUGCGUGGAUGUGUACGUGCGAGAAUGGGCAUGCGGCAGACAGCCGGGACGAAUCUUGUAGCGUUCCUGGCGCGACGAAGUGCCGCGAAUGCUACUACGGAUAUUCGCUGAGUGAGGGGAAUUGCGAGCGCGACGCAGCAAUCGCUCUCGCCUUCGACAGCUUGGAUGAGGAUGUCGAAGUGGAUGAAGACGAAGUCAGGGUGACAUCGGUGAUCACACCGAAGGGAGACGAUGAGCAAGACGUGGCGCAGCUGGAUAUGACACAAGUGCUGAUCAUGGUCGGAGCCUGCACCGGCAUUUCCUUGCUAGCAGGCUGCGCAUACCUGGGAGCGCAGUAGUAGCGGACCUAGGUAGUACUACCUAGUAGCGGUGGAUCAUGAUGUUCAUCGUUGAUCCCGUAUUAUUGGAAGAAAGACAACUUCAUCCGCCUAGAAGACAAACAAACAUACUUUUUGAAGAAACAUACCAAGAAGCGCAACAUGAAGUGGAGGCGUGGUUGCGGAGAUCUGCUAGACGUAUGCGUUUGACGGCAGCGGUACAAGUAUGCGAGUCCAUCUCACAACCCUGGACUCACCACCCUUCCCCCUUCUGAUAGACUUCCAAGUCUUCGUAUUCUCUUAGAUUUCCAAGUUUUCUGUUGAUAGCCGAUAGGCUUACACUGGUCUCACUCCUCAGGUGGACAUCAUGAAGAUGAAGCAAGGACAGACGAGGAGAAUCACCUAAGCAGUAGCGCUUCUACAACAUGGAAUCGUCCGUAUAAGUUUUUAGGAGUGUUGCACCAGGAGCCUGAUUACCUUUGAGGUAUUUACAUAUGAGUUUCAACAUCAAUCAUAUUUGCUAGAAU